AUGGAAGGGUUGAUAGGCGCGAUUCUCGGCACGGGCCAAAACGUGCUGGAUAUCGGAGUGGCGAUAAGAUACAUGUGGCUGUGCUUCGAACAGAUCAGCGGACGGUUGGAUGCAGAAUGGCGGUCACACGGAGUAGUGAUUGGGCAGGCUGGAGGAGAGGUUACGCCUAGGAAUCUAGUGCAUUACACCGAGGGCGAAGAUGGGGCGCAGUAUGCAGCGGGCAAUCCGGGGAACAAGAGCCAAUGGCUUCGGGCCCUCGCCCUUGUCCUCAGCCCCAUACGGUUGAAUACCCAAUUAAGACGCGAAUACCUCGAUGCCCUAACCGUUCGCUACAAGGCCACGAUCGAGGAGUUUGCCGGGAUGAGAGUAAACGACUCUCCCGGCACCUUUGCCUUGCAGCACUCGGCCUGGACGCAGAACUCAACAUAUCUCCGAUUAGCAGCUUCUCUGGAUAUGUUUUUGUUUAAAUUCAGAGACCACGAGCACUCGAAGCUCCGGUUCGCCACCGUCACUACCCGGUUUCGAGACUGUGCCGGAGUUGGAGACUUGAGAUUCAUCCUAAAGAUCCUGGGCCUGACGCUAGUGGAAUUCUCCCAAUGGGUUUGGACGGCAUCACUAGCCGACGAUCCCGAACGGAUUUUGCGACCGGGAGAGGAGAUAGACAAGCGGGACUCGUAUACUCCGUACGUGGCCAGUAUGAGAUUGUGUACUAAGAGUCCGUACUCGGCUACGGCCAACCCUAAUUUACAUAUCUUCGUCCACUCCAUCGGCUGUGCCAACCUCCGGGUGCGGUCGAUAAACGCCCGGAUGGUCGGCGAUGUAAACCUUGCGGACACAAUCGCCAACGCUGCCGUGGUCAAUUAUGUAAGGGGCUCUCGGUACAACUUACAGCCGGAAUUCUAUCGGCCGGGUAGUGUAAUGGCGCCUGAGGGGGCCCGGGUUGCCUUGGAGGAACGGUCAGCGGCCUGGAGCUCGUGA